ACCCCUUAUAAAAGAAAACCAAAGAGGAAAAGAAAAAAACUUUUACUGUGAUUUUUCACUGUAAAAAAAGUGUUUUUAACUAAUAGUUGGAUGUUGAAAUGAAGUGAAUUUGUUGCGUUUCGUUUAUAUUCUUCUAAGUCACUAAAAAAACCGUCUUGUUCGCUUAUUUUUAAGCGAAUUCAAUUUAUUAUUGAUCACUGUUUGACAAAGCCUUCGCAGUGGAAUCUACAAAGUCAGUCAAGAUCAGAAUGCCGGAACAGAGCAAUGAUUACCGAGUGGUGACAUUUGGUUCGGGAGGGGUUGGAAAGUCAUCUCUAGUUUUAAGGUUCAUCAAGGGAACUUUUCCCACAAAUUAUAUCCCAACUAUCGAAGACACGUAUCGUCAAGUGAUAACAUGUAAUAAGAAUAUUUGUACGCUUCAAGUAACAGAUACGACUGGAAGUCAUCAGUUUCCCGCAAUGCAACGAUUAUCAAUCACUAAAGGACAUGCAUUCAUUUUGGUGUAUUCAGUUUGUUCGAGGCAAAGUUUAGAAGAAUUAAAGCCAAUUUGGCAGCUAAUCAAAGAAAUAAAGGCAGAAAAUCUUAGUUCCAUACCUGUAAUGCUUGUUGGAAAUAAAAUUGAUGAAUCAGCAGAACUGCGAGAGGUAUCACAUAUUGAGGGACAAGCUCAAGCAGCCGAAUGGGGUGUUCAGUUUAUGGAAACGUCAGCUAAAACAAAUCAUAACGUUACUGAGCUUUUUCAGGAGCUGCUCAAUAUGGAAAAGAAUCGUAAUGUUUCGCUCACUGAUAGUAAAAGCAAUAAAAAGAAAGGAAAAUCUAAGAAAAAAGAACAAAAUGGAAGUGCAGGCACGUCAGGUGAAGGUAGCAGUUCAGGUGCGAAAGAAAAAUGUCAAGUUAUGUGAAUUUUGUAGAUUUGGAAGUGCAAGGAAUUGGACAUUCAAUAUAUGUCCAGACUAUUUCGAGAGAUUACUGAAACUUUGAUAUUUUUAACAAGAGAAAUAGUAUUUUCUAAAUAUCAAUUAUAAAAGGGAAAAUUCAAUACUAUCUAAAACUAUUAAUAACGAAAUUAUCAUUUAAUUUUUUUUUGUCAAUGAAUGAAAUUUGAUUUUUUCACUUCCUGACAUAAUUAUUAAAGAAAGUAGAUACAUAUAUUAUUUACACGGAUGUCUAUAUUUUGCAUAUAAGUACUGUUAUCUUUACAUCGGAGUUAAAAGAAUUAUAUUAGGAUAUGCAAAUUCUGGAUAGACCUCUUGUUCAUUAUAUUGAAGCAUAUUUAGCACGAAGUAUCAACGUUUCCAUAAUCUUCUAUAAGUAUAAAGGAUGAUCUUUCAAUCAUAUAACAUUCAAAAUAAAAAAGGUUCAAAUCUAAUAAUUUUAUUUAAUUAUUAACUUUUUAAAGUAAAAUAAUUCAGAAUAAUUUAAAACAAGUGACAUGAAUGCCUAACUCUCAGUAAUAAUUUUAUUCACUUCUAGAUUGACAAAAUCAAGUAAGC